GUUACACCUGUCCAAUGAUGGACUUCACGGAGCACAUUUUCCGGCUACCUGUGGGCACGACUGUGCCUCCAGAGUCCUGAGCGUGGACUCGCUUAGGAUCUAAAGGGUGAGGGGCCUCCACUGUCCACUACAUGUGAGGGCACCGGCUGCAGGGAGUUGAGAUGGUGCUUUACAAAGGGCCGCGGCUGUUGGAUUUAGCGAAGACCGCUCGACACCUUCAGUUCAACAAAUACGUCCUGACGGGUUACCGGCCGGUGGCCACGGCUCCGGAAUGCCUCGGGAGUCUCUUCUACAUGCACAAUGAGCUGGGCAACAUUUACACCCAUGGUGUCCCUUUUUUCCUUUUCUUGGUGCUGCUGCCUUUCAGCAUCCCCUGGAUGGAGGUGGACAGCGUCUGGCUGUGUGUGGUCCACUACCUGGCCUGCCUCUGCCCCACCGUGGGCUCGGUGGUGUACCAUGUGUUCAUGAACCACGUGGGAGGAGAGCAUGUGUACGACACCCUGCUGUCCCUCGACAUGUUCGGGGUCUGCCUCGUUAACACCCUGGGUGCACUUCCCAUCAUACACAUCACUCUCCUGUGCUACCCAGCCACGCGACAGACCGCCUUGCUGGCCUACAUCCUCUUGUCGGCCUACGGCAUCUACUCGGCCACCACGGCCCGAACCAACAUCCUGCGCCUGCAAGCGUUCCUCUGGCAGGCCGGCUUCCGCUUCAGCCUCUUCCUGUUCCGGGUGUUCGGCAGCGGCGCCGGCAGCCCCAACUCCCUGCGCCUCUUCGUCACCAUGGACUCUCUGGCUGUGCUGGGCGGGCUGGUCAACAUCAUCCAGAUCCCCGAGCGCUUCGUCCCCGGCCUGUUUGACAACUGGGGCAACAGCCACCAGAUAAUGCACGUCAUGGUGAUCUGCUCAAUCGUCUACCUGCACUGGGGCACCCUGGAGGACCUGGCCUGGAUGAAGACCUACCAGUGCCCUGCCGAGUGAGGCAGAGCGCACGCGUGUAAAUGCACCCACGGCUACGCGGGUCGAAACGAGGCCGGGGGCGUGAAGUACGCCGAGAGGUCAAAGGCACUUUAGGCGUAGCUGCUGAGAUUCUUCAUAUGGGAAGUUCGCAAAUUUGACAUUUUGCCCGAGCAGAAUAAGAGGAACCGACAGUGUUGAAACUGUGGACCUCAAAGAACAAUAUACCACAUAAAAAAUCCUGAGCAUACUUGAUUUUUAGUUUGUUGAAAUGCAGUAGUUUUGGGUCGCAUCACCCAUAACCAAAAUAGCUUUUAAAUUGAAAUUGACAAAUGUAUUUAAUAAAUUAUAUAUUUUUA